AUGGCGGCUUCGGGAAAGAGGGCAGGCAAAACAAAUGUUUUUUGGUCGAAGGAUCGUAUCCUUUCCGUAACAUGUAGUACUAACUUAUUGAUCCCUGAUUAUGUUGCUAAUAUAAUCGCUGAUUCGUUUUGGUAAAAAAAUUGUUAAAGUAACACAGAAUGAUCUGACUUAAAACGAAAUGUUCCUGGAGCAAAAUUACCAAACUCUUUGAUUUACAGUUAAGCUUAUAGCUUUAGACCUUUCGAAUUUACAUUGAAUGAAGGAGACCUCGUUACUUCACCCUUUACUUUGAUAUUUUAAAACUGAUCUAUAUGAGACCCUUUGCCUUUUAAAAUCCUCUCGUUUUGCUUCGUUCACAAACCGGUAUAAUGAAGAAAAUCUGGGGAUUUGAAAAUUACCUAGAGCCUUUCAUUGUAGACUGAGAUAUACCUGAGGUGAUGGUUACUUUUAAUUUAUUAUUAUUUGUGUUUAAACCUUGACUUAAUUUUCUUGGUGAAUUCAGCUAAUGAUCAAGAUGACAAAAUACUGAAACUGCACAUGCCAGGUUAGAUAGUACCAUGAUGGUAAAAUGAUUAUUAUAUAUUGCACUCACUCUCAGUCUUCAAUGCAAAAAGAGAAAUUUCAUUUAUCCAAGUGGCCAUAUGUUGUAUUUACUGUAUAAACAGUAAUGAGAUACCAAACCAUUUCAAUUGAUUUUUUUUUGCUGCAAAUGGUGUGAUUUAUUAUGUAACAAUAGCAAUGCUGCUCUUAACAUGUGGGGAUAUCAUGUUUUCUUGCAAAAGCUCACUGGGUAUUUCAUUGGUGAAUAUACGAUGAUACUACAAUAGAUAUUUGUCAUUUGCUUCUAAACAUGUAUCCUUUCAGAAGAAUUUUUCAUGCAUGUGUUUAGGGACUUAUACUCAUCAUGUUAAGCUUCGGUAAAACAACUUGUUUUACAGUAUUCCUGCAAAAAGAGUUGAAAAACAAUGUUGAGCUUUUUACCACCCUCGGUUCGAACCUGUUAACAACCUCAUUUGUUGCAAGACAGGUUUGAUCUGGGUGGUAAAACGCGCAACGUGACAAUGUCGCUCUUCAACUCGUUUUGCAGCAAUGUUGUAAGACAAGAUACAUGCUUUUUGUGGUCGAGGACAAAACAUGGAGCCAGGAUCCAUGGACCACUUAUCUGGAUGGGGUCGAUGGAAAUUUUUUUUAAGAAGGAGUCGAAAGGAGAAAUGAACAAUAAACAUUAUGGCUGGCAUCAACCUACAGAAAUAUCGCAAACAAGGUUUGGAGGUGUUGAUCGCUGAUAUUUACUUUCUUUGCCAGUCUCGCUCUCCAUUUUCGAAUUUGUGAUUGCAAAUAGCUGAGAUACUUCAUGAUAAUAGUUUUUUUUUAUUUCCAGGAUUCAAUGAUGUGAAUAUAUAAUUUAUUUCUCUAUUUAUUCUCUGAAAGCUGUGCUUUCAACCCAGUUGUCAAACUGACUGGCCUGGCCAAUCUAGGCCUUGUCACUAAAACUAUGAUAUUGUCGGAUGCUGUUUAUUUGCAUAAUUUAACUAUACUGUUUUUUAGGUGGGGGGGGGGGGGGAGACCAAAAAAAAGUGUCCAUGGACUUGGUCCAUAACAGGGGGUCCAUGUUUUGUCAUCACCUGUUUUUUGUUGCCUGUGUUAUUGUACUUUUAGGGAAAGAAGACCCCUGUUAAUGCCGUUCUCUUACUAUUUGCAAAUAGAUUUUCAGUUUGAUUCUUAGUACUGUUAUUUGGAUUUCACACAACAUUUUGAUUGUUCCAGAAGAAAAAUUCCCGGAGAAAUUUAAAUGUCUCAAAAAGUAGUGCUUAUUUUCUUGUUGGAGUAUUCCAAGAAAAAAUUGUGUCCCACUUUUUCAAGGCCAUCUUUGAUACCAGUUUCAGGCUUUCACUGCAGCUGUUUCUUUUUCUUUUCUUUUCUUUUUUUUUUGCUAACUGGGGCUGAUUUAACAAAAACUUAAUAUACAAAUUCUUACAUGUAAAUACAAGAGAUACAAAAAGUGGUAACCAAAACAGAGACAAAAGUACAUUGUAAAAUUUACAUGUAAUACAGUCAACUCCCUCUUAACGGACACCUCUAUAAGCUGGACACCUCUCUAAGACAGACACCUGUUGUUCAUGGUCACUGCCAUUAUUUUAUCAGUCGUUUUACUGUAACUACAGACCUUUUUAUGGUUUUUCAAUUAUUUUUGACAUUGACAAGUUUGGGAAAAUCUUUCAACACCACCGAAAAGAGUGCCUUAAAAUUAGUAAAAUUGCCAAGUUUGAAAGUGAUUUGUUGAAAACUAAUAAAGAUAACUUUCAAAUUUAUUUGCUUGUAUGGUGGGGGCACAAAUUUUAGUACAAACAAUGUUUUUAAACUUUGCAGAGCUCUUUCCUUAAGACAUAUCACUUUCAAAUUUAUUUGCCAAUUUUAGUAAUGUUAAGGUGCUCUUUCCAGUGGUGCCGGCGGAUUUUCCUUAUAAAAUGAUCCAUACAAAAAGUUGAAAAAACCAUCCAAAACGUCUAUUCUUUCUAUAAGACAGUCAGAACUCUAAGAGGGACAAAGAACACUUUUGAAACCAUCAAUGGACAAUAAGGAAGAGCUUUAUGUAAUACUGUGAAAAAUACCUCAAAACACAAGUGUAGGUGCUCUACAUGACAUUAAAUUAGCAUACAGCUCUAUUGUAGUCUUGCUCUAGAUUGUAGAGUGUAUACUGUUACCCCUUAAGACUACAAAGCUGUGAACAUUUGCUUGUACUGAACGUUUGAAUAAUUCUCUUUUUUCUGUUACAAAGUUGCAGUUUUAGCUGUUUUGAACAUUAAGUUAAACAGGCUUCAGGUGUGUGUUCACUGCAAAUAGGUUCUGCUUUAAAAGUACUUGUGUCAGGUUACCUUGACUCACUAAAAGUCUCUCUAUCAACUGUGACAUAGACAAUCAGGGCUGGUGCCAAAGGUAUCUGUUUUAGAGAGAGUUGACAGUAAUACGAAAAAGUGAACAGAAAGAAAAUAAUUACUUUUAUUACAAAAGAGAGAUAUUGUGUCUGGUAAUGGGGUGAAUUUUUUUUUUGUUAUUUCUGUUUUGAAUCUGUUCGUCUUUGAUAUCUAGAAGAAAUGGGAAACAGUUAAAAGUAGAGUUCACUCAAAGUGCCUUGUCUGGAGUAAAAUUUACCAGCCUUGUGUUUUAUUUGCGAAUUUACCCAUUCCAUUAACUGACCGGUUUGCCCAUGUAAAUGGUAAACAACCACUGUGUCUUUGAUUGGGGCAUUUUCUUCAGCUUGAUAUAGGCGUGUGUGACAUAUUAUGUCAACAGACUGAAAAAGUCAUGACAUGGCUGCGCAGGGAUACGAAUUUUAUCUUUGAGUGCUGAAAGUAUCUUUCAUGAGUGAGCGAAGAGAAUGAGUGAGAGAUACUUUCAGCACGAGAAGAUAAAAUUCGUAUCCCCAAGCGGCCAUGUAAUGUUCUGUUUAUUUUAUAGAUGCUGAUGAAAUUCCUACAUAAAACACAACUUUGUUUUUAUUCAUUUCUGAAACAGCAAAAUAGUGCAAUUAAAGUGAUCACCUAUCGCAAAAUGCCUGUCACAAAAAUGUUGUGAAACUCGGAUAUAAAGUUAUAAAGGAGAAAUAAAGACGACAAUACUUAUGAUUUUCUGUUCCAAAAACUCAAAAUUAAUGUUUGUAACCAUGGCGACACCAAUAUCCUCACACGUGAAAGAUAACAAUAGUAUCUUCACUGCGGGCAAUGAAGAUAUGAUUUUUUACUAAAAGGAAAAAUCUUGGUAUUUCAUCAUUAUCUAUAUGAUAAAUUUAAAUAGUAACUUUUUUCCUUGUCAUUUGUAAGUAAAUUAAUUUAUUAUUAUUAUUCUCUAAUCAGGGAUGUUGCUUGAACCACACACCAAUGUCAAGAUGCCCAUGGUGAGAAAACCAAUUCACAUGAUUAAACCAAGGGUUGUUACUCUUCAAAAGUCCAGUCAUGAUUCAUUGGAAAAAAAGUCUUGCCCACUGAAAACAAGUUCCAGCUACACAAACCAAAAGAGAGACAGCAAUGACUCUAACUCAGCAUCAUAUCAGCGUCAACUAUUCCUUGGUAAGAGUCUUACAUGUAGCAAAAAUUGUCAGCAAUAGCGGUAUCUUGAACGUUUAUCAACGCUCAAGAUGAUUUGACCUCAGGCCAAUAACUUAGGUGCAGCUAGUGAACAUCGUGGAUUCUUUACAGUUUUCACACUAAACCAGUGUUUGGAUAUUAGUGCUUGUCAUCCGUACGCAUCAUUUAAUUUAGGUUUUCCAGAAAACUUAAGUAGGGAGACAAAAACAUUAAGUAGGCAGCAGGCUUUCAGCCAGACAUUGAAACCUGGCCGUCCAGAAGGCAUGUUUUCCUACAAAACUAUAACAGGUUAAGUGAUUUUUCCUUGUAUUUCUUCCAAAGAUGGGCGUCCAUAGGACAGCUGGACACCCUUCUUGCUAAAAUCUUGGUAGGCAGCAAAUGAUUGAAUAAUAUAUUAAAAGUUGCAUUUUUCAUGCAGCAUACACUGGCUGUGUUUGGGCGAAGGUACAUUGCGUGGGCAGGGAGCUGCUUUUCUUUCAUAGUGGGAGAGACAGGUGGCCUCCCAUUUUAGUGCAUUUUGGAAAAUAAGGGAAAAUUUAAACUGCGAGGGUUGCACCUUUAUAUACCUACAUGUACAUUUCCUUUAUAUUUGCUUUUGCUUUAUUUCCCCCUCACGUGUUCCCCAGCACGCUCUAUAAAAACUAGCAAAGAGGGAAAAACAAACAAACAAAGAAAAAAAACAAAAACAAAAACAAACAAACAAAAACUUAACCAGUGCCUGUGUUUAUCAUGUUUGUUUUUACCGAGCAAAUUAAUUCCCAGUUGAAAUACUAUUUUGUCAGCAGCCAGUGUGCACUUCUGGUUUUAUCCUAUCAAUGAAGCUUCCUUGAUUGCACCUUGAUUUAUAUUGUUAUUUCACCUUUUAAAGGUGAGAGACCCAAAAGAGAACAAGGAAGAAAUACAAAGCAGUUUACUCUAAAGGAAUUGAAUCCUCAAGACAAGAAACGAGUGGCUAAUCUGGUUAAAGAACUUGCUAAAGUUGGUGAGGAACGGGUGUACGCUGAAGAGAAACUUCAAGAAGAGAGGAUGGCAUUUGAGGAACGGCUUGCUAUCCUGCAGGAAGAAUAUGAUGCCGUUAUUAAAGAGAAGCACCGUAUCCUUUCUUGUUAUGUCAAUACUAAACAAUCAUUGGAUCCAGAAUAAUCAAGGUCCGUCGAGGGAGGGGUUAUCAACCGAAGCCGAAGGCUGAGGCUGAUAACCCUUACCGAGACCUCGACUACUCUGGAGAUCACAAAAAACGAAUGUAAUAAAUUGUUUUAUUACACAUUGAACGAAUUCUUUCUUUCUCGCUUCGACAUAAAAUGUUUUCAAAUUUUGUGCCAACUGUUUCUUUUCCUCUGGUUCCGUCAGUUUUUUCUCUUUCAUGUUAUCGGAAAACUGCUCGUUUGCCACCUUCGUUGACCUUUUUGUGAAUUGUGAGUCGUUGUCUUCAACUAUUUUUUCGAUGUCUAAUACUCGGUCAACGAAGCAAACCUGGAAGUCAUGUUUUUGCUUCUUCACUGACGGCAAGCAACACAAAGCUCGCAAACUUGACGUGAUUACCCUUAGAAAUCAUGCACCGCGGUCAUACAUGACAUGAUUACCCGUGACCUUGAGUGUCCCUGAUAUGAUUAUUGUAUAAUCUGCAGCUAGAUGACGUCCCAGGCGCUGAUUCUGAAAAUUCACUGUGCGCUUUCGGCCAAUCAGAAAAGAGAUAGUGAGUUGAAUGGAUAAUAAUGGAGACUCACAUCAGAUAGACUGUAGUUGUUCAUAAUGAGAGAUCGACACUUACAGACAAUUACAUAAACGAAUUACUGGAUUUUGUCACCUUAAGCCUCGACUCGUUGACAUGGACACCAGCCGACAUUUCGCGACGCCACCACUGGUUUCCCCGCGAAAUGACGUCUGAGGAACGAGCGAAGUACAGAUUCCAUAUUGAUGACGUGUCACCACCCUAAUCGCGGCAGUACUUCUGACUGGUCUAGCGACGAGGGAAAUUUGCUUGAACCAAUCAGAGGCAUUGCGAUCUAGGCAGUAACACGUCGUCACUGUGGAAUUUCUGCGCUCGUUCCUCAGCCGUCAUUUCGCAGGGACACCAAUGGUAACGUUGCGAAAUGUCGGCUGUUCCCAGGCUACUCUAGGAAUGCAUGAACGGUCUAUAGGACUUAAGACAAAAGGAGGUUGGAUUGAGAAAGAGGAACAUGUCAUGAAUAGUAACUUGGAGAGGCUUUCAUUUAAAUGAUCCUGGCAGCAUAUCCUUAACAUGUCGUGAAGACCUGCAGAGUAGGUUCGUGGAACUACAGGCGCUGUUGGUUAAGUAUCAGUUAAAUGGAAGAACUCCAUCACCAAGAAAACCUGUUAAAAGUGUAGCUUAUGAACAAAAGGAAAUACAUCAGGUUUGAGACAUACAAUCUCUUUCUUCUAGCUCCUGUUUAAAAAAUAUAUACCUAAAUCACUUUUCUAGUCCUCGUACGACGUCUUCCCAGGCCUUCUCGGUCAAUGCUUUUCGGGAACGUUACUAUCUGAAGCCCCGUGCAAACCGACGCAACAUGUUGGCCAACAACUCCCAACAUUGUUGGAUUUUGAUGUUGCGUCCGUUUGCACACCCUGUUGGAUGUUGUUCCUUGUUGUUGGGAGUUGUUGUGCAAAGUUUGAAACCAGUCAAACUUUUAGCUACAUGCAAACGGACGUAGCGACUCCCAACAUUGUUGGCCACGGCAAGAAGACUCCAAAACUCGUUCGGACCUCGUGACCCGAAACGUACAGGCUGCGCGAAAUAACGAGGUUAGGGACUAGGCUGCGUGAAUCACUAUCAUUCUUUUUGGCCUUUUUCAAGAAAGGACUUAAACAUUUUUGGCUGAAAAUCAUUGAAUUUCUGUUUCCGUUUAUAAUAUCCUCGCUAUGCACUAUUAAAAUUACAACAAACAGCGCCGUUUUUGAACAUUCUUCAAGCAUUGAACCGCCACUACGGUAUCUGAUGGGAAACUCGUGCAUGUAUGACAGUAUAUGGCUCAUAUACAUGAGACAACAAGUGAGAACGGAAAAAGAAAUAUACUAUAACACUUGUUGUAUUUUUUUUAUGGUUUUAAAGCCCAAGAAAGACUGAUGCGUUUUGGGAAUUUUGUCUCGCAAGCCGGCGGGAGAAAAAGCAUGGGGAGAACUCUUUAAAAUCAUCAAUAUGUUAGGAAAAGGCUAUGAUUUUGUAGUCGGCAAAAAAUGUUAAAUAUAUAUUUUUCAGAUCGCAGGUGACGUCUCAUCAAUUCCUCCAAGCGCACCCUCAAACAGUUUAUCCUCCAAACCUGAGCUGACAGAAAUUCCAGGAAACACAAGACCAAAUACGAGUAGCAGCGAGACUGUGAGUGAGAAACUCAGUUCACAGUCUCAGUUACCGUUACCUUUGAUUGCUCCGCAAGCGAGAAUUGACUCCGCUCCUCUAAACAACGAAGACAGUAGUUUACUUAGGAAAACAAACGAGAAAAGUGAACCUCUUCAUCAGUUAAGUUCUUUUUCUCUAAGUCAGUCAAGAGAAUCUGUACUCGGGAAAUCGAGCUUGUUACCGCAAGCAAAGCAGAUAGCGGAAGGUGUACUUGGUGGAUGUCCGCCUGUGGCUACACACACAAACGGUAAAGAAACGUCUCAGUCACGUGACCAAACCGUGAUAAUACCGCACACCAUGCCGGGAGAAGUACCCGCAUUAAAUUCGUCGAAUUUGCGUGAAACACGGUAAACUUUAGGCUACAUUCACACGGCGCCGGACGAAUUUUCGACCAGCUAAAAAAUUUGACCGGACACUUCGCUCUGUUCACACAGUGCAAAGUGAUGGGCUCCUGGUUCACACGGAACUGUGAACGGCUAGUUGUCUACAGUUUCGUACGGUUAAGGUGAUUGCGCGGGAACGGAUCACCUAAACGAAUGAAUUUUCAGCCGGUCGAAAAUUCGUCUGGUGGCUUGUAAACACAUCCUUAGCUAAUUCUUUGUCUUAUUAAGAUCCUCAUAACUUCCCUAAAAUAUGUUAAGCCUAACUUCGAAAUAUCUAGGUAGUUAUGUGCGUGAAUAGGCCAUGUCCCCCGGGCCUCUGUAUCAAAACGAGGUUAAGUGUUCAACCUUUGAUAUGGAAAUGAUUCUUCAUUCUCAGGCAGAUAAAAGUCAUUUUCACAAGAAAGGUGUCGCACUUGGCCUCAUUUUGAUAGUGAGGGUUUUUGGAAUUCGGAAGUGGCCUGUUGCUGGACCUGUGGGAAAGAAUGACAAUUUUCAGGUACUAUUCGUACUUUUGGUCACUGAAAGAGGGACGUGUUGAAUUGUCCAUGGCUUCAAAUAUUUAAAAUCACACGAAAAACAAUAUUGAUAAUUACCAAGGGCCAAAUAACUAUCUGUUUUAACUGCGGCUCUUUUGUUACAUCUGAACAACAAAGUAGUUUGUGUGUGUGUGUUUCUUUGUAAUUAUUAUAUUUUAUUUUUUGCCUUUGUUAUUUGUUGUUGUUUUAGUAUAAACACUUCCUCGUCCGUUACUGGUCGUUACCAUGUCCCGUCGUCCAUCCCCCAGUCACAGCCUGCGGUGCAGCAUGGUCCUACAGUUAUGUCCCAGUAUCCGACUCAUGAAAAGCACGUGUUUUCUGUGUUUGGAGGUUCCGAACCAAGGAUACCACCACGAAAGAACGAAGAUAGGUAGAUAUUCUCUAUUCAUUCGGCAAACAAACUGCUUUCUUUAGCCCUGUAGAUGAAACAUACAAUGUUUGCAGAUAGCCAUUACGAGACCUGAAUGAGGAUCAUGUGUUUAUCCCUGUACUAAGAUCUCCCCUUACAGUUAACGCACCCAGUCCAGGACAGGUUGGCCAUACCACUAGGGUCUACGUCCCCUACUCUUUUUAAACAGUGGUGUGGGUUCUUUUACGUCCCACAAGAACCAGAUUAGUGUAAGUGCUGUGAGACGGGACCUACGGUUGUUCGUCCUUAUCCGAGAAGACUAGAAAGUCUGUUUGCAGAUGUCAUUGAAAAGGUAACAUUUUCUUCUCAGUUAUAUAAAGACCCUGAGUGUUGGUCCAGUAAGGGUUCGAACUUGCGACCUCCGAUCCGCUCAGCAGACCGGCGUUCUGCCAACUGAGCCAACCAGGCGGCGGUUACAGAUCCUUUUGUUUUUGUACCAGGUCUUUCUCAGAAGUGUCUGGAGUAUCAGGGAACUUCUCAGCCGAGCUGGAUGCUGUGUACCGGUUAUACUGCCGUGAAUACGAGCUCCAAUUACAACUGCAGCAACAACAAAUUGAGCUACAGAAACAACAGUUACAGCUUCAACAGCAACUUCAACAGGUUGAGACCCUACAACAACAGCAGCAGCAGCAACAGCAGCAACAACAACAACAACAACAACAACCACCAUCGUCAGUGAAGUCACCAAAACACGUGCCAACCGCUGGUCAGGUAAUUUGUUGUUGUAAACUCUUCAAAUACAGUCGAACUUCCCAUAAGCGACCACCCAAGAUGCGAAGAUUUUGUGAUCGCGUGCGGGCCGGGGGUGGUCGCUUACGAGAAUCAAACAGUAGGUGGUCUUUUCCUAGAAGAGGUCCGGACACCUUUUAUUCAUUUUGUGGAAAAAAAAUUAUGUCAGGCAAUUUCAAAGGUAGGAUAUGUGUAGUUCCAUUCCAUUAGUUAAAGUUUUUCGUAUACUCUGCGUAGCGUAGUACAAACAGCAAACAUAGAGAUCACACCGUGCGUCUAGCGGUCGCUUACAAGAAAUUGGAAACAUUGGAAAAUUAUAGAGCGGUCAACACAAAAAGUGGUCGUGGUCGCUUAUAAGUGGUGAUCGUCGGCGAGAGGUUCUUAACUAUAGGGCUUUGACGUGGAAAACUUUGAAAUUUUGGUCACUUAUUGGAGGUGGUCGCCCAUUGAGGUACGAAACUACGACGGCAACGGACACGGGAACGUGAAAAAAGCAAUAGGUUUAAUGAGCAAAACUCUGCGCGUGCAUCACAUUUUUUUGUAGAUUACUUAGCAGUCCCUGCAUAACUGCGACGUAAAAUGAUCAAACUUUAAGUUGACUUGUGAACGGGAACGGCAACUGAAGGCGAUAAAUUCUACUAAUUAUCUGCCCUUCUAUUCAGCUCCAACUCAAAUUCCCUUCUUUUAAGUAACCGGGCGAAUUGGAAUAAUCGCGAAAAAAAAGUGAAAGGGUGCAAAGUCUAUUUUUCAGCGACGUUUUCGUGGACGUCGCCGUUGUCGGAUCGUAAGGUCCCUAUAAUCACACAAGCUACAACUGGGAAUUAUGAUCACUAACAAACUAGCAAAGUUGCAAGUAUUACAUCGAGUGCAAGCUGUGGCCUGAUACCCUGAAGACUAAUACUUUCUAUCGAGAUAUAAGGUUGGCAAGUUAGCACAGCUCCCGAUCUCCCAGGAUCCAGUAGUUCAGAAGCUGGAUAGCGCCAUGCACCAGGCCCAAGUAGUUGGAAAGGUGGACAAUGAUAUCCACCGGAUAAAUCACUAUCCAGUGGAUAACGAGCUAUAGCGUAAUUGGUUUCCGCGCAUAUGGUGUUUUUAAGAACAUGUUCUUACCCUACCAUAGGCCUUAACUGGUCGCGUGAAUCAACCCAUAACAGUCGUAGAAGAGACGCCUGCUCCGUCUUCACUGCCCAGACCCGCAUCACAGCCCCGUCAAAUGUCACCAGCUCGAUCUCUAAUACCCACUCCUGAAGGUACGUGUGUUGUACUGCUGCCACGGUCACUGAAGCCCGGUUGUAUUUUAGAUAAGUCACCCACUAAUUCCAUUUUUUUGUUGUUGUUACAUUCUCACGUGCUUUCUCGCGUUCACAAAUAUUUGUUGCCAUCAUUAAGCCCCUUGCGGAGUCUUUUUCUAUUGUCUUUUUUUGAGAGAGCACUGCCUGUGUUAAGUUUUAUCUUGGUUGAAAUAUUUGUUGGGUACUCGCAGGAUUUUUGACUCUCCUCGGUAAGUUGCGUCCGUUGUUAAUUAUCUUUGAUUCCCUGUAGGUUCUUCGUCCAUUUUGUCAAACGUUCGUUUCUUACGAGGUGCAGAUGCACAAGGAUCGAGGGCGGAGUCGUCUGUCGGAACGUUUGUAUCACGUGCACCCUCUGAGGCUGAAAUGUCUCGUGGAAGGGCAAGUAACAGGUUGGAACCCUUGCAGUAUUUAAAUUUUUAUAUAUUCUUGUUAAGCUAAAAGUUUCUUGAGAGUUUGAUUUAGGAAUGUGCGCAGGUAAAAGCAUUAACUGGAACGUGUGAAGUUUGUAAGGGGGCCAUGUCACGAAGAUAUUAUUACUGUUAUUGGUCAAUUCUGUAUUUUGAAGUCAUCACUUCGUGCCUCCUUUACCUAUACACAAAAAGCUCCUGCGCAGUUAUGAAGAAUAUAUCAAACAAAUUUCAUCAGGGAGCACUAGUUACCAUAAUAGUUUUUGGUGAUUUUUGCAGGCAAAGCAUAAAACUUGAAAAAUUGACCAACUUUUUCACGUUUCAAUCCAUGCCCAUCCUUGCCAUCCGUUACAACAGACGACAGGAAACAGUAUCAGUACCUAAAUAUAGUCUUCAAUAGCAAAACUUGACCAUUAUUUGUUUCAAAGUCAAUUGAUGCGAAGACAAGAUUUAACUUUUUAAAAAGGCAGCAAAUAGUGUGACAUAGCCCCUUUAAAAAGAGACGAGGAAUGUUGCUCUCUCCAGUUUGUAGUACGCUUCCCUAAUUUUUACAAUUUGUCCAUGUAAGUGUAACGCUUUAGUUGUGUUCAUGUAAGUUAUCAAACUCAUCUUUCCCUUUCAUAACUCUUUAAAACCAAUAGCUUCUUGCCCUGCGUGUAGAGGUUUCUUUCUGGCUUGGCUUUUUUUGCAAACUAACAACGCGACUGACAAGCGACGCGAACGAUUUCGUAAAUGCUAAAGGCUUUGCGAGGAAGAAAUCUCUGCUCGCAGGGUAUUGCGUAAUAAUUUCUCGUCUUUUUUCUUUUUAUUUUUUCAUCGUUACGGGUAUUUAUUACAACGAUAUAGAUGUUGGGAUACUAAGAUAACAUCAUUGCAGAAAAUACUGGCCAGGCAUAUCUCUUAUUUUUUAUUUGUUCGUCGUUUAGAGUGGACCUUGGAAAUGAAAACAGAGAUCCUGUAGUUCCAGACUCCCACGAACGAGUUAUGCCUGCGCCUCCCAGUCUCCCUCAUUCAAGGCAAAUCUUGGAACAUUAUCAAGAGCCUCGACAUCAACACGAGUUCAUUGUACCCGAGGCUCAUUCAAAUUACGUGAGAUAUUCGAGAAAAGAUAAUACCCAAGCCUCUUCACAACGCAUGACCGGGACUCUUGACGUAGUCUAUCACAAUGACGGUCUGUUGAGUUCCAGGAGCUCUUGUCAUGGCAACCAUACAGGCGCUUCGUUGAGAGAAAGAAAAGAUGAGGACUUUUAUGUUGAGCCAAAUCUGUUUAGUGGAAGAGCAAGCAGUAAUUUGUUUUAUCCAAACUUAGGUCAGGAAAGCACCGUUGAAAGAGGAGAGUCCAUAGCAGAACGGCUUCAUACAGACGAAGGAUCUAAUACUCAACUUCCAUUUCUUGAGCCUCAUUCAGCGAAUCCGUAUAGGCCAGCGGGAUUAAUGAAUAGAGAAAUUUCUGACAGUGAUCAGCGGUUUUCCUUGUACAGUGAAGUUCACUCACGUUAUGGCAGGUACGAACAAGUCAUUUCAGGCUCGGUUCUAAUAAACAACACUUCCAACGCAGUACCACGUAAUGGGCUGUAGUAAAAUUUUAUUUUCCAAAUCAUAGUGCAAGCAGUUACAAGUGAAGAAAACUACCGUCAUUCAGUUAUUAAAGUCAUGAACUAUAAAGCUUAAAUUGUGAAGAUGAAAUAAUCAGCAUGUCACGAACUUUGGACAAACACCGGGCGGGCGCUCUAUCCACUGAGCUACGGAGAACUCAUGGAGAGCGAGGCCAUAUACUAGGUUCAUAUUUGACCCGCGUCCUGCAUACUGCUUGGAUCAGCAAUAUCGAGAUCGUACUGUACGGUGAAAGAAUGAAAGAUGGUAAAUUUUAUUCUCGGUGAACAAAUGUGAAGAUGAAUUAAUCAGUAUGUCACUAGCGUUGUCUAGGUAAUUGAAAUGGGCAAACGUUUAGUGAAUUAACAGCGUAUAGGUAAUAGCUGAAACUUUUAACAGUGAAAGUAGCAACCAUAGCUUUGAAGUACUUUACUUAAGGUUUGCAAACUUCUCUUGUCUCCCCGCGGUAAACCCUCAGCAUGACCGUCCAAUGACGCUGUCCUUCAUCUUCCCUGCGAACGUACGCUCUUGUAUAUCAAUAUUUGAAAUAUUUUUAAUUUUUUAGGAUUCCAUUAGACAGUGGAUAUCCGCUUUCAGUGGUGGACAUUGUAGAUGGGUUGGAGAGUGAGAAACAUAUCGCGCCUUGUGGUAACGCAGCGCUUGCUGACGGUCUCGACACCUCAGACUCUGGUUACUCACAGGACACUUACAAAGGAACAAGUCCGCUGACUAGCGAUACCGUCAACACAGAUGAAGAGGAAGCGGCUGUUCUUGGAGAUAUUUUCUUUCUCAAGGGGAGGAUGUGA